GGCAGCAGGCCCCUCAAGCGCCAAUUUUGGCCAAGGUGCAGAGUCGCUGGGAUACAGCGGCGGUCAGUACCUGGAGGCUUUGGAGAUGGGCAGACAGCCUUCCUCUGGGCAGGAGCCAGGGCCGAGUGCCCAACUUCCCGUCGACCCCUCCGGGCAAGCGGCGGCCCAGAGCAGCCGGCCCGGCAAGGCUUCGCGCUUUGUCGGCCUGUCCAAGAAGUUCAACCGGUGGAAGGCGCUGAUAAAGGUGUGCGGGCGGCGGAAGGAGCUGGGAAGCUUCGCGGUGGAGGAAGAAGCUGCGCGCUGCUACGACCGCCACUCAGUGCUUGCCUGGGGCGCCAGGGCGCGCACCAAUUUCAAUCCGCUGGAGCUAUUGGCGGAGAUCCCCCGGGAGGCGCAGACGGUUCUGGACGCCGUCACGGCCGGCCGCCGCGAGCGCGCCGACUCCGGCCGCGGCCGCGGAGGCGGCGGCGCAAUCAGCCAGGCCGUAGCGUCCGCGCUCGCAUCCCACCCGGCCGGGGUCGACUCCUCCACACGCGAAGGUCAGCUGGCGCAGGCGGCCAUCGCGAGCGCGAUGGCGGGGCAUAGCUACAAGCGCAGCGCGCACCGGGGGAUAUACGUGGCCGGACGCCGCCACGAGCUGGGCAGCUUUGCCACCGAGGCCGAGGCCGCCCGCGCCUACGACCUCGCAGCCAUCAAGCUGUACGGGCCGGACAAAGCGAAGACAAAUUUCCCCAUGUCGGACUACGCGACCUAUCUGGGGGCGACAGCUGGCGGGGCCACCGACCUCAGCAACGGUACCGCUGACAUGGCCGCUGACUCAGCUGCCUUGUCUCCUGACGGGCACGCCCUCAGCGCUGAGCUGCAAGCCCUGGUGGCUGCCCAGCUGCGGGCAGCUGGGCAGCAGCCAGGGAUGAGUCAUCCCUCAGAGGAGGAUGCGCUGCAGCUGGGGCACAUUAUGGCACAUGCCGCGCAUGGCCUGCCGCCGCAGCCUGUCAGCAUUGAUGAGGUGUAUGCGCUGGAAGAGCUAUUCAAGGGGCUGAGCAACAAACUUCAUAAGGACGGGCUGAUCCACAAGGACGAGUUUGCGCUGGGCCUCUUCAAGCUGCAAGGCAAGGAGAGCCUUUUUGUGGACCAAGUCUUCAAGACGUUUGACUCCAAACGCAACGAUGUCAUCGACUUUGAGGAAUUCGUCCGCGCUCUGUCUGUCUUCCACCCGCGCGCCCCCCUCAACGAGAAAGCUGACUUCGCGUUCAGGAUCUAUGACCUGAAGGACACGGGGGUCAUCGAGAAGGACGAGGUGAAGCGGCUGCUGACUCAGCUGCUGCAUGACAAUCCCGCCAUAGACCUGUCCGAUGACGAGGUCGACGCCAUUGUGGAGCAGACAUUUGAGGAGGCUGACCUGGCGGGGGAUGGCAUAAUCAGCCUGGAGGAGUGGCGCACGCUUGUGUGUCAUUCCCCUGAUGUCAUCGGCUACAUGACCCUCCCUGUCCUCAAGGAUGUCACGGUUAUGUACCCCUCGUUCAUCUUCAACCCUCGGCGCCGGUACGACCUCAGCCGCCGGGGGGACCUGAGCUUCAGCAUGCGGGGGAACCCCAGCCGCCGCGGGGGGGACCCCAGCAACCACAAGCCCGUAGGGGACCGUAGCCACAUUGCUGCGGGGGAGCACAGCUUUGAUGUGAUCCCAAAACAGCGCAGCGUCAAAUUGUGA